GUUUUCCUUUUACGAACUGUUUCUCAUAGAAAAGAAUACAAUUUUGGUAACAAAAUUUCUGCUUUUGUUAAUUUAAAUUAAAAAAAAAAGAAAUCAGUAAAAUUUCCUUGUCUUUUAUUAUUAAUUAAGAACAAAUAAUCAUGGGCAUUUAUGACACAGUAAUGCAAGAAAAACCCCCCGUUGUUCUUGACAUUGGAACUGCUUACACCAAGCUUGGCUUUGCUGGAGAGGCCCACCCUAGAUUCAUCCUACCAACCGAAAGUUUUCUUUCUUCCACUGGUCAAAUCUGUAAACUCUUCAAUUACUCAUCUCAGACCGAGUUAUAUGACCAUACUGUUGAUUUUCUUCAGACUGUCUUUUUCAAACAUGUAUUAGUUAGUCCCAAGGAUAGAAAAGUUGUCAUUGUAGAGAAUAUAUUUGGGGAGACUAUCAUCCGCGAGACUAUAGCCAAGGUGUUGUUCAAACACUUUGAAGUUUCGUCUAUUCUAUUUGUGCCCACACAUUUGGUGGCAUUGUCAACAUUGGCAGUGUCCUCGGGUGUGGUUGUCGAUAUGGGUUACAAUGAGACAACUGUUGUCCCAGUUUUCAGUGGCGUACAAAUUCUAAAAGCAUUCCAAGAUCAAGCUUUUGGAGCGAAAUCUAUUCACGACGAAAUCAAACGGCAAUUAGUGGAAGCCGGCAUCAAUCCUAUUCUUCUAACCGAGUCAAUUUUAGAAGAUAUCAAGGUUCGAACAUGUUUUGUGACAACUUCCGAAAGAGCCAAGCAAUAUAGAGAGGGUUUGCCAAUAACACCUCCACCAGAUCUCGAGUAUUCCAUCAAAGAAAAGGAAAUUAUUACAAUUCCCGGUUCUGUACGUGAGACGGCCUAUGAAAUAAUGUUUGCAGAAGACAAUGAACAAUCGAGUUUGCCUUAUUUGAUAUUGGAUUCCAUUCUCAAGUGUCCUGUUGAUGUUAGGACAGUUCUCGGUGAGAAUAUAUUCCUUAUUGGUGGAACUUCGAUAAUGAUGGGAUUAUUAUCACGUUUGAAAACUGAAUUAAAUCUGCUACUAAACAACAAUAAUCGAUAUAAAGGUAAACUAUUUUUCAAGAGUGUGAAAUUUCACACGGCCAUUGGACGACCGAAUUUUGCUGCUUGGUUGGGUGGCUCUAUAUGUGGAGCAACUGAGUUUGUUGGUACUAAGUCACUUACAAAAGAGACUUAUGCCAAGUGUGGUCAUGUACCCGAUUGGGUUAAUUUGGAUGAUAAUAGGUUGCAAGAUUCGGUUUAGUUGUAAGAUAUGGAAUUUCAAAUGAGCAGAAAGUUUUGAUUUAUUUAUUCAAUAUUAUAUUAUUAAAUAAAAGCGUUUAGUAAAA